GCAUGUCAAAUGAUGACAAGAGCACGUCUUCGGCUUCCGCCUUAUGUAUGGCAGAUUUCUGGCGUCAAAUUUGUCGUCAAAAGCACGAGCACUGCAUUUCUGCUAACAAAAACCACAACAAGCCACCUAUUCUUCCUAAACGCGUCCUUGACGUCGCUAAUCCUUCUUUGUCCGGGCCGCUCCUCUUCUGUCCGCCUCCAGGCUUCCGAGCACGAUAUGUAACGCUAAGCCACUGUUGGGGAGAGAAGAGGCUUAUUCGAACUCUCCGCUCUAAUAUCUCUAAGUGGAUCACUGGAAUUCCUUUGGCCGAAAUCCCGAAGACAUUCCUAGAUGCCUGUGAUAUCACGUCCAAGUUGGGUUAUCAGUACUUGUGGAUUGACUCUCUUUGCAUUAUUCAAGACUCUACAGAAGACUGGAGGGACGAAUCCACGAAAAUGGCAGACAUAUACAGCAAUGCAGACUUGUGUAUAUCAGCUCUAGAUAGCCAUGACUCCAGCGAGGGAAUCUACAGGUCUCGUGACGGCCUGCUGCACCGCCCAUGUAGGCUUUGGGAUGAAGCACCACCAGGCUUGUGUAUUCUACAAUUCUCUGGCUUGCCAAUUUAUGCUUUUGCAGAUCCGUCCCCUCCUUCUUCUUCGACGGGGCCUCUUGCACACCGGGCUUGGGUUCUGCAGGAGGAGUUGAUGUCAGGCCGCCGACUCAUCUAUGGUAAAAACAUCUUGUAUUGGUCUUGUUUGACAAUGCAGGUCUCAACAAGUGAGCCAGAUGAUUUUUCGGCUGUUGGGGACACGAGGUUCAAUAACUACCUUGGAUGGCGACAGUACUUCCAGGAAGCCAUUGCAAAAUUGCGAGGUACUGACGUUAUUUCCCGCAGUGACAUGGAGAACCUGUAUCAAUGUUGGUUGCUUGUUAUCGAGAACUACAGUCAAAGAGGAUUAUCUAGGGGGUCAGACAAACUCACUGCCCUAGCCGGCGUAGCAUCAGAAUUUGGAAGGAUUACACAAGAUUCAUUCCUUUCGGGGCUAUGGAGUCGAUUUCUCUGGAGACAGCUUCUAUGGAGUGUCGCCUCUAAAGGGGCACCACCUUUUAACAGAGAAGUUCCUCCAAAGAGCAUCGAACCUCGGCUUGUGCCUGAUUUUCUCGGUCCAACAUGGAGUUGGUCAAAGAUUGAUGGCCACAUCAGAUACUUCCAUCAGUAUCCGCUCGAUAAAAUGGGUGAUCACGAAGUCCUGGUGGAGAUAUUGUGCUCCCGCUGCAGUCCGAGCUCACCCAAGGAGAUUUCUAAUAAUUACUCAGGGGUACUUUCACUGAGAGGGUUUUUAGCCAAAGCUAUCGCCAAGCCUUUUAGUCCCGGCUCUAAGAGGAUUGUGAUGCACGAUGGCCUCUUAGAAAGCCCACAACCAACAAAAGAAAAGAUUGGCCAAAUCAAGUCAAGAGUGGAUACGCUGGCGAAAGAAAUACCAAUAUACCCUGGAGAUGCAAGACCGUUAGGGGAAACGGCGAGUGUGGACAGCUCUGAUCUCUCUCAAUUGCCCUGGAGCAUUGAUAGCUCGCAAUACGGUUCAGGAUUCGAUAACGAGAUACAUAGUCCAGGGUUCAGUCUGAUUCCUAAACGCGAAUUUCCGGUCAUACAGAAUCUACGCGAUCCCAUCUAUCCAGGUCAUCCAGUUAUUAAUUUUGAUGGAGAACAAGUUGGACUCUGGGCUCCAGAUUUGCCGAGUGCUCAGGAAACAGUCGAGAUUAUCUGCCUUGCAAUCUCUUCGAAUCGUCAAUUCGUAUUCUGUAUAGGAAUGGAGCUGGUUAAUAGAUACCAGAAUAGGUAUCGGCGCGUUGGUCUCAUUUUCUGGGAAAAGUCGGCAUGGGCAACGGCGGCAGCGGAAACUAAUAAGUCAUUGAUUGAGCUGGAGUGAUUUUUCUUUGUGUUUAGCUGCAAUGUCAAG